AAGGACCUGUUGCCAGAUGGCAGCGACACACCGUGGAGGGACGAGGACCAGGACAAGUUCUCCAACUACAUGAGCAAGGUCGUCGACAGUUGGCGCGGCGUUACAGAGCGUGCCGUUGGGAGGCUCUUCUACGGCAAGAAGCUGGACGGCCAAACAAACCACAAGCUGACCGACGCCGAGCUCAACACGCUGUACAACCUCAUCUCGGACGGCAAGCUGGUCAAUGGCAUGUGGCCCCAGGGCGUGGAGCGGCCGCAGCAGAUCAACGCGACCGAGGAGCUGACCGCCAACAUCAAAAAGACCUUCUUCGGCUUCGCCAUUCCCGCCCUAUGGCGCGUGUCGAGGAGCUACGCCUUUGUCCUGGACUCGGGCUUCGGCUGCGAUGCCGACAAGCCGCUGGACAAGUACCUCCUGGACGCCACCAUGGAGGCCACGGGCGCCUGCGUCGACGGCAGGCGGUACUACCUGGUCCACCCGGCCGGCCAGGCCUUCACAUGUUUGGAGACGUGCUGGGACAACAUGUUCUCAGCGCCGCCGGGAAUCGAGCGGCUCGCCGACUUUGGAGACAUCACCAAGGAAGACCUAAUCCGCGGGUCGGUGCGCACGUGGAUGGCCAACGGCAAGCGGAACGGCGGCGGGUUCCCCGACACGAGCGACCAGGGCACCGCCCACGCGCUGAUGAGCGUCGACAUCACGACGCCGGGCUUUGUGCGGCUGCCCGUGUGCAGCCCCGAGGUGGCCUUCCGGGGGUGGGAAAAGGGCGGCCACGCACCGACGGCCAACUACCCGUGCGACGCGCCGCUGGGCCGCAACUCCUGCGGCGACUCGUCGUUUGAGGACCAGACGAGCGCCGCGUCGCCCUCGGUCGACGACUGCCUCGGAAUCAUCCGCAACAUCGAGGGCGAUCCCGACACCAGCUGGAACGUCAUCAUCGGGCACGGCCACUCCACGAUUGCUUCGGCCGGCGGCUGUGCGUUCGGCGUCGAGCCGACCUGGACCGGGGACAAUCUCUACUUCAGCGUCGGCGGCCAGGACGUCAUCGACCUCAUCAACGACGCUGUCGGGAGGUUUGGCGGCAGUGGCAAGGUCGGGGCCAAGGGAUACAUGGACCGCCAGGGUACCUCGUUGCACAAGCCCUGGCACGGUGUCCUGUGGGGAAUCUACUCAGUGUGA